AAUACAAUUGUGCAUUCUGAAUGGAUACAAAAGGGGUUUCAUAUACAAGUGUAUUAACUACAUACACAGACAGUAUUACCAUACACGCAUGCAACAGGAAAAAAGUUUCACUAUCUCUGUACUCAUUCUCACACAUCCAUCUCUGUGUUCACUAUCUCAGUACUCAUUAUUGUAUUACAUAUUUACUGCAUCUCUCAAAACAACAUUGCUACAACAUAUAUAUUUUAUCAUAUCUUCAAAUAAAAAAUAUCAUUUUCUCUUCUCCAAGGAUUACAUAACCGCCACGGCAUUUAGAUUAACAACUUUACAUUAAUUUAAUUUCGUAAAAAAAAAAAAAGGUAAUGUCUAUAAUUGCAUGCGGCAGGCCCUCCAAGCUAACAGACGAGAUUUUCUCUGAUUGAUAUCUGGUGUCGACAACACAUUCCCCAAUCUGUUGUUCUUGUCUUAAUUUUUCUUCAGUCCAAAGUUCCAGAAAUGGGCGAUUUCCAAGGCCCCUUCAUAGUGUCAUCACCCCCUCCUUCACCGUCUUCCUCGGAGAAGUCGAGCACAACGAUGUUAUACUAUGGGCUUGUAGUGGUGGGGGUUGCAGCGGCGGCAUUAGCCCUGUACAACUUGAUGAUGAUGAGGAGGAGCAGAAGGAGGCAGAUGCAAUCAGAAGGCGAAGAUGGGUUGGUGGAGGUGGUGAGUGAAAGUAGAAUAGAGAACUUGGUUUCAUCAUCAUCAUCAAGCUUCAAGUACAAAAAAGAAGGAGUUGUGGGUUAUGAUGAUGAAUGUUCAGUUUGCUUAUCUGGUUUUGAAGAAGGAGAAGAAGUUCGGAAGCUUCCACAGUGCAAGCACUGGUUCCACGCUCCAUGCAUAGACAUGUGGCUCUACUCUCACUUGGACUGCCCAAUUUGUCGAACACCUGUGGUUGGUUUCUCGCAGACAUUGCUGGAAUCAGGUAAUUAUGAGAGAGAUGAGCAAUUACGAAUGGAAUGAAAUGCAAAUUAGAAGAUGGUUUGUGGGGUCUGUCACUGCGCUGGAAUUGUGUUUCUGACCACAAGGAACAGACACAAACACCGCUAAAGCACCCAACUUUGGAUACCUUGUUCCUCAUGUUACGUCACAAAAAGAGAGUCUGCACUUUCAAAUUUAUGCAUAGGUUGUUGAUGCAGAUCUGAAAGUAUAUCUUUUGGUGGGAACAAGAAUUUGCUGUCUCUAACAGGUUUAAUCAUUUCGAACAAGAUUUCUUCUCAUAUAAAAAAUGUAAGAUUAAAGAUUUUGAUUCCUUCUCGUCAAGACAUGAGUGAGUGAUAGGAUCUGAUUUUUAAUUUUAAAUAUCUCAUUGCCGUUCACUUUAGGCUGACUCAUAAAUAAUUUAUUCAUUUUAUUAUGUAUAAACUGAUUUUAAA